CCGUGAUUCAGUAACUCCCUAGUUUCUUGCAUCGUGAAGAUAUAUUCUAUGUUCGCGUCGUUCGUAAUGGAAGCAAACUCGAAACCUGUCGUUGUUCGUCUUCCUGACGUCGAACUGCCCCCUGAACUUCAACAAAUGGUAGAUGAAGCUGACAUCGAGAUGAAACCGGUCGAUCCUAACAAAGUUUCUCAAAUGAGCGAAGAAAGUACUCGAAGAGUUGCAGGAAUGAUGCUUUACGCAUAUUGUGAAAUAAACGGAGAGUUGAUGGAUUGCUUUCCUAAUCUCAAAGUAAUCAGUAAUUUUGGUGCUGGUGUGGAUAAUGUUGAUGUAGUGGCGGCCUCUGAACGUGGAAUUGCUGUGGGAAACACUCCUGGAGUUUUGUCAGAUUGUACAGCAGACAUGGCAUUCGCUCUGUUAAUGGCUUCCGCGAGAAAUAUAGUGGAAGGAGACAAAAUUUCUAAAAGUCCCGAAACUAAACAGGUCAGUUUUAAUUUUGAUAAAGGGAACGAUCAGUAACUGAUUUUCAGGGUUUUUGUUCAAACUAGUAUAUUAUUGUAAGCCUCUGUUCAGUCAGGAGGUUUCGUGAUUGCUAAGUACGUGUAGCCGUUUCUCCUUGGGGGGAGGGUACGGUUACACCUGAGCUGCGUGAUUUGCGUGACAGUUAGCGGAAUCGAACGAGCAGGCCCUCUAAAUUCACGAAAAGGAAAAAAAAAGGAGGGGGAUUGGCUUUUAGGUUGUACUAGUAACAGUUAAAGUAGCUUAUUAUGCUCCUAGCAUUGCUCGGAUUUUUUCCAAAUUAUGCUUUGCUUUCUCGGUUUUGAAAAUCAAGCUACUCUUUCUUAAAUUAUGCUUUUCAAAAAAGAAACGCAAAACAAGUCCAAAUUAUACAUUUAUUGUUAAUAUCUUCUUUAUUUUGGGUUAUAUACUCGCUCUGAAAAAAACACAGUCAACAACUACACCUAAUUACAGACUAGAAACGGAGACUCCAUGUAUCUGUUAGCAUCACGUUUCUCUUCGACACCAUUUUGUUGCCUAUAAAACGGGAACUGGCAUCGAAGGCCACGGGGGUGGUUGCCGAGGACUCAUCACCAUUAAUUUUGGUUGUCGAAUAGUCGUCAUAAUUGAUGAAAAACAACUAACUUUUUGGUGUAUCUUAUCUUACUCUUGUCAUAGAUCUCUUACUUGCAUGGUUAUUACGGCAGGAGGGUGACCGGAUCAACCAUCGGAAUUGUUGGUAUGGGCGGGAUUGGAAGUGCUGUGGCUAAACGAGCCAAUGGAUUUGACAUGAGAAUUGUGUACCACAACAGAAACAGACGAGAAAUCGAGGAGAGGAGAUUUGGUAAGAUUACAAUAAAAUGUUUAUGAAGUAGCGUCGCUGCAGCUCCCUUAAGAGGAGUGAGGUCUUAAAUUACUUGUUCUGAAGUAUUUGUUAAGGGGGGAAGACUUAUUUGUGUAAAAGAUGAACAGGGUGACUUGGAAUUUUUAAACUGAUAACAGGAGCUAAGCCAAAGAAGAAGUGACAUCUGUAGGAACUUGUCUUUAUUUAUCUAGUUAGUUAUUUAUCUGCGAUUUUUAUACAGGCUGGCCCUUUUUACUUUUAAAGCUGGUUAAGUGAGGGCCUGUAUAAAAACUGACAAGGCUAAAAGACAGGCCUACAGUUUAUCGUCCUUAAUCCAGAAGACUAGAAUUUCUAACCAUUUGUGGAUACCAUAGCAAAGGCAGCACUUUCUCCUCAGUUAUUUUCAGACCCUAAGUGCUGGUCCGGUUUGGUGUGAGUCUAGUCCAAAACCGGAGCUUUCCAUGCGCGGUACGAUGUCGUCCAUUGAGGCCCUUGAACCAAGUAAACCACUUGAAUGCAGUCUAUACCAGUCUAUGCAACUUUAGGUUGACAAACUGUGUCCAGCUGACUUUCCAUCAAACACUUCUCGAACUUCUGUUUACCACCUCUUUACAGGUGCUCAAUACUGCAACACUCUAGAAGAGCUGCUCUGUCAGUCAGACUUUGUAGUGCUGUGCACUCCUCUAACUGAAGAAACAGCAAACCUGAUAACAAAAAGGGAGUUAGCUCUGAUGAAAUCAACAGCGACACUUGUUAAUAUCGCACGUGGAGGAAUCGUCAAUCAAACUGACCUGAGCGAAGCGCUGCAGAGCGGAGUAAUAAGAGCUGCUGCGAUGGACGUCACAGAUCCCGAGCCCCUGCCUAGAGACCAUCCGUUAUUAACACUUCCUAAUGUUAUCAUUACGCCGCAUAUGGGAUCAACAACUGUCUACACAAGAAUGAAAAUAAUGGAAGUGGUUUUGAUGAAUCUAAAAGCUGGCUUGAAUGGAGAGAUGUUGCCCUUCAGGUUUAAUUAAAGAGCUUUCAGGAAGGAGGGACGGAGUUCGCAGUCGGAAGUGUGCACUAGUAAAGGAAUGGUUGUUGGAAAAUAACUAUCCACUGAACUGCCAAAGUCGAUGUAGUAUACAAUGGGUGGAUGAGUGCGACUUAUACUUCGUUUAACGUAGUUUUGUCGCCAUCGUGGAUUAACAACCGAACUGACUCCCCGAGGCCAUUUUCCUGCACUCAUUCUUGACUCCUUUCGCUUCGCUUUGAAUACACUUGUCAUGAAUACAGGGCAUGCUAGUCUCUCACGCCUGACUAAUAAAUCAGGAGUAUUUAUUUAUCUGUAAUUAUAUUAUUUGUUAGCUUUAUUCAGAUAAUAGCGGUAUUCAGUGACACUCUGUGUUCAUUAAAUUAGCACCUUAAAGGUAGAGAUUUAAUCUCGAUCUGUAACUUUGCUAACUUCUUUUUAGAGGGCAUUUGGAUACCGGCAGGACAGCGAAUAAAUCAGCAUGGUGUGGACUGAAAAUUCACGUUCUAUGAUAUCAAUAAAGUUCCCAUACACUUUAUGCCUAUUUCCUCCACCAGUGAUCAAUUUUCUUCAUCCUGAGAGAUAUGUUUUAUUCAAUCUAAAUGCUAGUAAUUUUUUAGGAGAACGAACUGAGUUAAAAGUCGAUAGUUAAUAACUGCUCAUCGAAGCUGAAGUGUCUAGUGGUUGAUAAUACCGAACCGCAAAGCGGCGGGGUAAAUAUCCACCGCUAGCCACCGACACUGAGUUCAGGUGUUGUUUUAUAAAAUAAUUCAAAUAGUACGCGCGCUCUGAUCGGCCUUAAAACCAUUUUACAUGAGCGUAUGUAAACACGGUUUUCGUUCCUCCUUCAUUAGUUAUUUUAUAAAAGAAAUGUGCAUAGCAAAAUGGGUUUGAACCGAACACGACAGCCAUCAAUUGAAAAUAUGUCUUAGACCUGAUCGAAUUAUAAUCACCCUUAAAAUUUUAAGUAGGGUUUAAAUUUAAAGUUGCAUCUCUUCAUGCGGCUUACUGGUAUGAUUUUUUUCUACGAUAUUUUUUUAAAAGGUUUGGGAAAUUUUGUUUUGGCCUUUUUCAGUUUUCAUGUGAUCCGAAGUUUUCUUGAUGUAUUUUAAUAGCGAUAGCGAUAAUCAGGUAGAGGUAUGUUCAACCAGUCUCGAGCGAGCGAGCGAAAACAUUCGAUGGAUCACAAUUAUUAUUAUUACUACGGUACUAGAGGCUGUGGCAAAAGUUUUUAUCACUUUGACCAUAUUAUCUGUAGAUUGAUUGUAAUGUUUUUGAGCCACGUAUUAUUUUUUGUGGCAGGUGUAGAAUGCGAUGAUAUUUUGAUAUUCAUAUGGUAUAUUGAAGGCCAAAAGAUUAUUAGCCUUUUGUUUAUUAAGUACUACUCCCUUUGAAUAAAGAGUUUACUUACUAACUAUAUGUAAAUGAUUAAUAAUGGUAAUUGAACUGAGUAGAGUGCAAUUUGGGCUGAAAUCAUACACGUGAUUUGAAAAUCGAACGGGCACACAGUGCGAGUUCAAUUUGAAAUCGCAAGUAUGAUUUCAGACCAAAAUUGCACGACACAAGGUUCAAUUACCACUUUAUUACAUCCAUUUUGAAAUCGCCUAAAUACAGGACUUGAUCAGUUCAAAUAUUUUAUCAGAUGUAGUAUUGAGCUGGUCAGAAAUUAAAUUCAUCAUUUUUGGAGGGGAAAAAGCAAGAGUUUUGGAAACAAAAGUUGCAAAAUGAUACUCUUUGUCUUUCAUUUUCUUGCAAUGUGAUUGGUAACUUUAAAUAAGCCUUGAAAUCUGAUUGCUUGUUUUCUUUUUAGUUGAACCUCCUCAUUGGCUGGGAAAAAGGUGUGAUUUAAAGCAAAAAAUGGUGCGAUUCGUGAAUAAAUCGCACCCAUUAGAGCCAGUCAGAUUACAGGGACCACUAGUGAUUUCAAAAUGGGC